AUGAGCGACAAUAACCCACCCGCUCCUAUCGUAAAAGAAUUUGAGAUUGGCAAUGAAAGUAGGAACGACUCCAGGAAAGAAUUAGCAGCUGAAGCCAAUGACGAACAACUAUUCAGUAUCUACUCCAAUAACGAAAAAAUGUGUCUCAUCAUAAUCGUCUCAGUGGCCGCCUCCUUCUCUGGAUUUGCAUCCAACAUCUACUACCCUUCAUUACCAAAGAUCGCAACCGACCUAUCUGUCUCUGUAGAGCUCGUAAAUCUCACCAUAACAUCUUACAUGAUAUUCCAAGGCCUCGCUCCGACCUUUUGGGGGGCUUUAGCUGAUGUGAAAGGACGACGAAUCACUUUCAUAUGUACUUUUCUGAUAUUCUUUGCUGCAUGCGUCACUCUUGCAAAUACUCGAAAUUACGGCACCUUAGUGGGUGUGAGGUGUCUACAGAGUGCUGGGAGUGCUAGCAGCAUAGCACUCGGCGCAGGUGUCAUAGGCGACAUUACCACGAGAUCUGAAAGAGGAGGAUAUAUGGGAAUCUUUCAAGCUGGAUUACUGGUUCCCGUGGCCGUCGGGCCAAUCAUCGGAGGUGUGCUUGCCGAAUCCUUAGGAUGGAGAUCAGUCUUCUGGUUCUUGGCUAUAUACAGUGGUAUCUUUGUGACUUUUCUUGCUUUAACGCUGCCUGAGACUUUAAGAUCCAUUGCUGGGAACGGCUCAUUUUCUGUCCACGGUGUCUGGAAGUUUCCGUUAGAGAUAUACCAGCGCCGCUACCUGAAGCGGAACCCUUCUGAAAGUAUACAAACAGAAUCACGAUUACCACCGAAGAAGUCUAUCGAUAUUUGGGCCUCUUUGAAAGCCCUCUUCGAUAAACGUGCUAGGCUUGUGAUCGCAUUUCUGGCCCUAUACUACACCGUUUGGCAGAUGACCAUCACCGUUCUUUCAACUUUAUUAGAGUCAACUUACAGGCUGGAUGAAACACAGGUGGGACUUGCAUUUAUAGCAAACGGUGUGGGUUCGAUGUUGGGAUCGUUGACGACCGGGAAACUAUUGGAUAAGGAUUAUACAGCCAUGAGUGCCAAAUACGAGGGGAAAGAGGACGAAAUGCCAUUGGAUCAGGUGCGACUUCGGCUUAUGUGGAUAUGGAGCACAUUACAGAUCUGCUCUGUACUUCUAUUUGGUUGGACGUUGGAUAAACAUAUCCACAUAGCCGUGCCCACUAUCUGCACUUUUUUCACAGGGUGGGCAGCUAUGGCCAUUCAAAGUACAGUUUCUACCUAUAUGGUUGACUUGUUCCCUAACGGAAGCGCCUCGGCUUCGGCAGCCGUCAACUUAGCGCGCUGCCUAUUAGGUGCCGGUGGUUCAGCGGCAGCUAUGCCUAUUUUAGAUAGCAUUGGAAUAGGCUGGGGGUUUACGAUGCUUUCUGCCAUACUGUGCGCAGCGCUUGUACUAAUUAUUGUACAAGUGCGCUUCGGCCGCAAGUGGUGCAGCCAGUAUCGGGAAAACGAGACCCAAUCUGCUGAAGGCUAA